GGCACAGUGGUGGGCACAAACUUGUGCAGCUGACUUUGUGCUGCAUAUCCACAUAACGCAGACUGUGCAGUUUUUCUGUCUCACAAAGUCUUUUGUUGUUGUUUUUCUUGCAGUGAGAAAAGUGGAGAUGAAACAGUCGGACGGAUACCGCAGCGCGUAAAAGUUGUGGAUGGUUACUUUUGCGCAUAAACACUUAAAGGACUAUUUUAUCUCCAAAAGUUGCGGUAUAAAACAAGAGCAGGUGAAAUUCUUCCCUCUGCAAAAAUAUCGCCCACAAGCAGGCUGGAAGACCAUCCGCUCCGGAGAACACAGCGAAUCCGCAGAGCGCAGAUGAUCGCAACUGGUGUUUGUGGUGUCGCGCUGAUGCUGGUGUUGGUGGUUCUUAUCCCGGUCGUGGUGAACACCGCCGGGACUCCUGCCCGCUACGAGAUGCUCGGGUCCUGUCAAAUGGUGUGCGAUUCCCACGGGACCGCAGCCACGGCCACCGCAAAGGCAACCAACCCGAUCAAAGACAACCGCCUGGUUCAGUCGCUUCCGACGUUCAUCCAGGGUCCUCAAGGAGAGCCGGGACGCGUCGGGAGGAUGGGUCCCAGGGGGCCAGUUGGCGAGCCCGGACCACCUGGACCUGCUGGUCCGCCGGGAGAGAGAGGGGUACCGGGCCCCCCGGGUCCACCCGGAGCAAACGGGCCCAACGGUGCCAUCAGCGCUGCCACUUACAACACCAUCCCAAAGAUUGCGUUUUAUGCAGGACUGAAGAAGCAGCACGAGGGAUAUGAAGUGUUGAAAUUUGACGACGUGGUGACAAAUCUGGGCAAUCACUACGACCCCUCCACAGGGAAAUUCACCUGCUCAAUACCGGGGAUUUACUUCUUUGUUUACCAUGUGCUGAUGCGAGGAGGAGAUGGAACCAGCAUGUGGGCUGACCUCUGUAAAAACAACCAGGUGAGAGCCAGUGCCAUCGCCCAAGACGCCGACCAGAACUACGACUACGCCAGUAACAGUGUCGUCCUGCACCUCGAGCCCGGGGACGAGAUUUACAUCAAGCUGGACGGCGGGAAGGCGCACGGGGGCAACAACAACAAGUACAGCACCUUCUCCGGCUUCAUGUUGUACGCUGAUUGAAACACGGCAAAGAUCCGCUGAGGGGGGAGAAAAGAGAUCUGCUCUGCAUAUAGCUUGCUUCACUGCUCAUGCUCGAUUCAGUGUCAGUUGGAUUAUUAGAGGCAGAGCUCACCAUUUCCAUUUUGCAAAAGAAUCCAAAAAGAUGUGGAGGACAUCAUGCUGAAAAAAAGAUAAGAGCUGUACUGAAGAGCUUCACAGUGUAAUUACAGAAUCAUGAUUUUUAAAGUGUACAGCGUUGAAUUGUGCGCCUGUCAGACUGUUUAGUGUCGCUA